GCGGUCCGAGUGAGCAGUAACGGAUCUUCUGCAGAAAUCAGUGCAUAGAUACAGUAUCUGAAGGAUCAAAGUGUUGAAAAUCAAUUAAAAGAUGGACGAGGCUUCUGGCACGACGACAACCGAUGGCAAGUCCCUGGAUGAGGCGCCGGUGGCCGCAGGACUGGAGCCCACACAGCCGAUCGGCUUCCUGCAGCUCUUCCGCUUCUCCACCUGCGGGGAGAUCGCGUGGCUCUUCUUUGGGUUCCUCAUGUGCUGCGUCAAGGCGUUGACCCUGCCCGCAGUGGUCAUCAUUUACAGCGAGUUCACAGCACCCUCUCCGCUGCCACGAACACCACCACGCUGUCGUUUCCCUUCACGAUGGCCAACAGCAGCGGCGGCGGGUACAACAUUCCCACGGGGACCCUGAGCAUCCUUCCCAUCGCGGCGAACGCCCAGCUGCCGACCAUCACGACAACGGCCAGUGGCUACGAGCCCAAUGACGUCAUCACCACGAUCCCCGUCUCGCUCUCC